CGGGAGGGCGGAACCAAAGUGCCGCGCGCGCCGGACUCCUCGGGUUGAGGACACUUCCGCCUCCUCGGCCGGUUUGAUGUCGGGAGCUGCGGUGCCUCAUUCCUGUCUCAAUAUUGACCUUCUUUUCAGAGAGAUCCAACAAGCCAGCAGACAUGUACUGAUACAAGCUGUCAGACACCAUCACCAGAGACAUGCUCAGUUGGGACACAGCAAACCAUAAAGACUCUCCAACCGCAUGUCAGAAGUAAAGGGACACAGACAACAUCACAAUACACAGAACAUCUCCCCGAGCAACAGGAGUGGAGCUGCAGAAUGAAGCAAGAGGAGCCACAGCCCCUCCAAAUUAAAGUGGAAGACAAGGCGCCACACUUUGAAAAUGAAAAGGAUGACCCACUGAUUCCGUACAUUAAAAAGGAAGAGGAGGACCCACCGAACCCCCGUUUUAAAGAAGAGGAGGAGGAACACAGCAUCAGUCAGCAGGGAGAGCAUCUUGAAGGACUGGAGGAGGUUGAUGUCACCAAGAUGCCAGUGACUGGUGUCCCUGUGAAGAGUGAAGAUGAUGAGGUGAAAUGUGAAAGUGAGGUGAAGAGAGAGGCGGAGCCUCCAAACAGACACAUGACAACAGAAGCUGAUGGAGACCACUGUGGAGGAUCACAAGCAGACAAGCUCUUAGCUCCACUAUCAGAUAGUGAGGACACAACGUCACACUCUCCUGACACUGAUGAUGAAGACUCUAAAGAUGAUAAGACAUGUCACACUGACAACACACGCCUGACGUGUUCUCACUGCGACAAAAGCUUUAGUUACCAUUGUCGUCUGAAAACACACAUGAGAAUGCACACUGGAGAAAAACCUUUUCCCUGCUCAGUGUGUGGUAAAGAUUUUGCACGAAAAGACGUGUUGAAAGAACACACGAGAACUCACACUGGCGAAAAACCUUUUACCUGCUCAAUCUGCGCUAAAGGUUUUGUAACAAGUACGAAUUUGAAAGUACACAUGAGAAUGCACACCAGGGAAACACCCUUUUCUUGUUCAAUGUGUGGCAGAGGUUUUGUAACAAGUACAAAUUUAAAAGUACACAUGAGAAUGCACAUUGGUGAAAAACCUUUUACCUGUUCAAUCUGCGGCAAGGAUUUUGUACAAAGUCAAUAUUUGAAAGUACAUAUGAGGAUACACACCGGUGCAAAACCUUUUUCUUGUUCAAUCUGUGCUAAGGAUUUUGUACAAAGUCAAUAUUUGAAAGUACACAUGAGAAUACACACUGGCGCAAAACCUUUCACAUGUUUAAUCUGUGGGAAAGGUUUUACACAAAGUCAAUGUUUGAAAAAACACAUAAGAGUACACACAGGACAGAAAGUGUUGAGUUGCAGUGUGUGUGGUGAAAGUUUCUCUUAUAAGUACCAGUGUAAGAAACACAAGUGUGCUGGUGAGAACAGCAGCAGCAAAUGAAGAUGCAGGAUUUGAAAUUAACUGUCAAAACUUAACUCUGACUUUCUAACAACAUCAGCACAUAUAACAUCUGUGACAUCAUUGUGUGUGUGUGUAACACAAUCUUCUUAAUAUGAUUCUACCAUGUAUAGAAUCGAUAUUUUAGAUUUGUGCUGUUUUCAGUAAAGUACAUUCAUUCAUAUACAACAUUGUGUAUUUUUAAUACAAAAAAAUAACCAAAGAAUUUGACUGAAAAGGUGAGAGUAAAUGGUACAAAAUAUACAAUAAACAUGUGAGAGGUGUAUAAAUAUUCACAAUUCACUUUUAUACGUAUUUAUAGUAGUGGUUUUAUAUACGUUUUUAAAUAAUGAAGUGUUAAUUUUUUUUUCCAUUUCUAAUUGUAAAUGAUUGCAUGGAUGAAUGACAUACAUACCGGUAUGUGUUCAUACUUUUGCUUUUGAGUACACAUAAAUCCCUCUUAGAAUUGCUUGUCAAUUAAAUUAAUUACAUUUAAAAAUAUCAUACUUGAAUAACAUAAAGUUGAAAUAAGAAAUAAGUUCAUAUAUGUUUAUGUUUAAGUAUUUGUCAGACACUUUUAUCCAAAGCGACAUACAUAAAAAAUACAUAUGAAACAAUGACUGUAAACAUGAUCAUUUAAGGGAAGAAUGUAAUAGAAAAUAUCAAUACAAAGUGUCAAGACAGAAUAAACUCUCUGCUGCUGCAGCAACAGAGAUACAGUCUAUAAGAUAUAUACCAGUGACGUGCGGUGAGGUUGAUGGCUGGUGAGGCACUGACUUCAUCACAGUCAGAUUUACAAACAUAUGAACCCUAAAGAGUAUCUUAUUCACCAUUUGAUUGGCAGCAGUUAACAGGUUAUGUUUAAAAG